AGGAUAUGAGCUCGCGUAGGAGUGCGGCUAGGGUUUCUCCGUGUUGUACACUCUGCCCUCCCUUCCUCUCCAACCCCUCGCCGCCGCCGCCCAAAACCCUACCUUCUCCUCCUCUCGCCCCUCCUUCACUUCGCAUCCUAUGGCGGCCCAAGUCCGGCGAAGCUGCUAGCGCCUGUAUAGUUGUAUCUAGUCUGCGCCCCCAAGUACCUCGCGAGCCCACCGCAGCAUCCUCCCCGCCGCCGCCGCCAUGGCCACCAUCAACCCGUUCGACAUCCUCGGCGCCGACGACAACGACGACCCCUCGCAACUGAUAGCCGCGGCGGCGGAGGCGCAGAAGGCCGAGGCGAAGAAGUCCGCCGCGGCGCCUGCUGGGAAGGUGGCCCAGCCCGCGGCGGCCGCCAAGUUCCCGACCAAGCCCGCUUCCCCCACGCAGGCUGUGAGAGAUGCACGCGGUGGCGGUGCACCAUCACGUGGUGGCUUUGGCCGUGGUGAACGUGGCCGUGGCAGAGGUGGACGGGGCUAUGGCCAGAACCAUGACUUUGGUGGCGACAACACGAAUGGCUUCCAGGGAGGUUAUGGUGGCGGAGGCUUUGGGGAUGGUGCUGUAACUGGUGGAGGUGAAGGGGAUAGGGAAAGAGGCCCUCGUCCCCCAUUCCGUGGAGGAGGCAGGCGCGGUGGCUACCGAAAUGGUGAGUUUGGCGAUGACUCAGAGAGACCACCUCGGAGAAACUAUGAGCGCCACAGUGGAACUGGCCGUGGGUAUGAGAUGAAACGCGAUGGCGCUGGGCGUGGGAACUGGGGCUCUGCCACUGAUGAGGUUCUUGCGCAGGAAACUGAGGAAGCUCUGAAGGUUGACGAGGGUACUCCUGUUGCCGAGAAACAGGGCGAGCAGAAUGAUGCCCCAACAGCAGAUGAGAACAAAGAUAGCAAGGAUGCUGCUGCAAAUGAGGAAGAAAAUGAAGAGGAUAAGGAGAUGACUCUGGAGGAGUUUGAGAAAAUAAGGGAGGAGAAGAGGAAAGCACUACUUGCAUUGAAGGCUGAAGAGAGGAAGGUUGAAGUGGAUAAGGAUCUGCAGUGUAUGCAGCCACUUUCCACCAAGAAAGGAAAUGUUGAAGUUUUCAUUAAGCUGGGUUCUGACAAGGAUAAGAAGAAAGAAAUUGCAGAGCGCGAUGAGCGUGCCAAGAAGUCGCUGAGCAUCAAUGAGUUCCUGAAACCUGCUGAAGGAGAAAGGUACUAUGGUGGCCGUGGUCGUGGAAGGGGCCGUGGGGAGCGUGGUGGUUUUAGAGGUGGAUAUGGUGGGGGGUACAAUCGUGGCCCAGCUUCUGCACCAGCCAUUGAAGAUCAAGCGCAGUUCCCAACCCUUAGUGGGAAGUGAAAGUGCGUUUAGUGUUGUCUCGAGCAUUGCAUUAUCUCUACUGGUGUUGCCUUUAAAUUUUGCCCGACCUUGAAUUAUUGUGCCACGGUUAAUUGGAACAAAUAAUGGUGUCACAUGUUGCUUUA